AUGACUGGGCGAGCCAGAGCAAGAGCCAGAGGACGGGCCCGUGGGCAGGAGACGGUGCAGCACGUGGGGGCCGCUGCGAGUCAGCAGCCUGGCUAUGUCCAGCCCAGGCCUCAGCAGCCAGCAGCAGAAGGGGACUUAGUUGGCCGUGGACGACAGAGAGGAGCAGUAGGAGCAACAGCCAAGUCCCAAGAGCUCCAGAUAUCUGCUGGAUUUCAGGAGUUAUCGUUAGCAGAGAGAGGAGGUCGUCGUAGAGACUUUCAUGAUCUUGGUGUCAAUACAAGACAGAACCUGGACCAUGUUAAAGAAUCAAAAACAGGUUCUUCAGGUAUUAUAGUAAGGCUGAGCACUAACCAUUUUCGAUUGACGUCCCGUCCCCAGUGGGCCUUAUAUCAGUAUCACAUUGACUAUAACCCGCUGAUGGAAGCCAGAAGACUCCGCUCAGCUCUUCUUUUUCAACAUGAAGAUUUAAUUGGAAGGUGUCAUGCUUUUGAUGGAACAAUACUAUUUUUACCUAAAAGACUGCAGCACAAGGUUACUGAAGUGUUUAGUCAGACCCGAAAUGGAGAGCAUGUGAGGAUAACAAUCACCUUAACAAAUGAACUCCCACCUACAUCACCAACUUGUUUGCAGUUCUAUAAUAUUAUCUUCAGGAGGCUCUUGAAGAUCAUGAAUUUACAGCAAAUUGGACGGAAUUACUAUAACCCAAGUGACCCAAUCGAUAUUCCAAAUCAUAGGUUGGUGAUCUGGCCUGGCUUCACCACCUCUAUUCUUCAGUACGAGAACAACAUCAUGCUUUGCACUGACGUCAGUCAUAAAGUCCUUCGCAGUGAAACCGUGUUAGAUUUCAUGUUCAACUUAUAUCAUCAAACUGAAGAACAUAAAUUUCAAGAACAAGUUUCUAAAGAACUAAUAGGUUUAAUUGUUCUUACCAAAUACAACAAUAAGACCUACAGAGUAGAUGAUAUUGACUGGGACCAGAGCCCAAAGAGUACCUUUAGGAAAGCAGAUGGUUCUGAAGUCAGUUUCUUAGAGUACUACAGGAAGCAAUACAACCAAGAAAUCACCGACUUGAAGCAACCUGUUCUGGUCAGUCAACCAAAGAGAAGGCGAGGCCCUGGCGGCACCAUGCCGGGCCCUGCGAUGCUCAUUCCAGAACUCUGCUAUCUUACAGGUCUAACUGAUAAGAUGCGUAAUGAUUUUAAUGUGAUGAAAGACUUAGCUGUUCAUACAAGACUGACUCCAGAACAAAGGCAGCGUGAAGUGGGAAGACUCAUUGAUUAUAUUCAUAAAGAUGAUAAUGUUCAGAGGGAGCUUCGAGACUGGGGUUUGACCUUUGACUCCAACUUACUGUCCUUCUCAGGAAGAAUUUUGCAAGCAGAAAAGAUUCACCAAGGUGGAAAAACAUUUGAGUACAACCCACAAUUUGCAGAUUGGUCUAAAGAAACAAGAGGCGCACCGUUAAUUAGUGUUAAGCCACUAGACAACUGGCUGUUGAUCUAUGCUCGAAGAAAUUAUGAAGCAGCCAAUUCACUGAUACAGAAUCUAUUUAAAGUUACACCAGCCAUGGGCAUACAAAUGAAAAAGGCAAUAAUGAUUGAAGUGGAUGAUCGAACUGAAGCCUAUUUGAGAGUCUUACAGCAGAAGGUUACAUCAGAUACCCAGAUAGUGGUUUGUCUGUUGUCAAGUAAUCGGAAAGACAAAUAUGAUGCUAUUAAAAAAUACUUGUGUACAGAUUGCCCUACUCCGAGUCAGUGUGUGGUGGCCCGGACUCUUGGCAAGCAGCAGACAGUCAUGGCCAUUGCUACCAAGAUCGCCCUGCAGAUGAAUUGCAAGAUGGGAGGGGAGCUUUGGAGGGUUGAUAUGCCUCUGAAGCUGGCGAUGAUAGUUGGCAUUGACUGUUACCACGAUACCACAGCUGGACGGAGGUCAAUUGCAGGAUUUGUUGCAAGUAUCAAUGAAGGGAUGACCCGCUGGUUCUCUCGCUGUGUAUUUCAAGAUCGAGGACAAGAGCUUGUCGAUGGGCUCAAAGUCUGCUUGCAAGCUGCUCUGAGGGCUUGGAAUAGCUGCAAUGAAUACAUGCCUAGUCGAAUUAUCGUGUAUCGGGAUGGUGUAGGAGAUGGUCAGCUGAAAACACUGGUUAACUAUGAAGUACCACAGUUUUUGGAUUGCCUGAAAUCCGUUGGUAGAGGUUACAACCCAAGACUAACGGUAAUUGUGGUGAAGAAACGAGUGAACGCCAGAUUUUUUGCUCAGUCUGGAGGAAGACUUCAGAACCCACUUCCUGGGACGGUUAUUGACGUAGAAGUUACCAGACCAGAAUGGUAUGAUUUUUUUAUCGUGAGCCAGGCAGUGAGAAGUGGCAGUGUUUCCCCCACGCACUAUAACGUCAUCUACGACAGCAGCGGCCUGAAGCCGGACCACAUACAGAGGCUCACAUACAAACUGUGUCACGUCUACUAUAACUGGCCAGGCGUCAUUCGCGUCCCUGCUCCUUGCCAGUACGCCCACAAGCUGGCUUUCCUCGUGGGCCAGAGCAUUCACAGGGAGCCCAACCUGUCCCUGUCCAACCGCCUCUACUACCUCUGA